CCUCUAGAAGACACUCGGGAGGCUUGCCUUUUUCGAUACUUUGUCGAAGAGAUUGCACAUUGGUUUGACUUGUGUGACGAAGACCGCCAUUUUCAGCUUGCCGUCCCUCGGUGUGCCCACCACCAUCCACACCUCCUCAACGCGAUAUUUGCAGUUGCCGCCCGUCAUCUUAGUCGUCUUCCCCAGUAUAGGACGCCCGCUGGUAUUCUCUAUCACGGACAGCUUAUUCCCAAGCUUAGCGAGCAUGAUGCAGUCGAGUACAUGCUCAAGUGCAUUCCCGCGCUGCGGCACUUUCACGAUAUUGAUGACGAUGAUUAUCGAGAUAGCAUCAUUGCCACGGCCGUUAUCCUCCGUCAGCUAGAGGAGAUAGACGAGGAAGAAGACGAGGCCCCGGCAAACGACAGCAGCAACAGCCAAAGUGACGACGCGCAUUUCCAAUCUGGCAAGCAGGUCAAUUUCCUUCCCAUCAUCAACGCUGUAUUGAGGAGCUCGGCCUCUCAGGCGUUAUUUGGUCGAAGAAGUCUUAUUCAAGCUGCAUAUUGGAUGGCUCUUCGACAGGAAAUCUACCACUCUUUCACCCGAAAACAACCACCGCAGCUGUUUCCUUCGCCCGAUUUAUGGCAUAGCGCCUCCAAGGCAAACAAGACGGUGAUGCACACUGUCCAAGUGGCCAAGUGGCGCUGGGAAGACGGAUCCGAACGCGAAUGGAUGAGGCUUAUGGACCAGCAAAACUACCUCGAGUUCGAGAUUCUGGCCAACUUCCGGCCCAUCUUUAAAAGGACGGCAGAUAAAGCCAAGGGGGAGAUCUUUCCUACCAUCUGGUACGGAUCAAAUCUUGAGGUCACCAGCAUUCAACAAAGCAUCAUGGCCAAGUCGGUGCUGGUCGCCGAAAAUCCCUUUCUCAAAGCACCGUCGGCGUCGCGUGCGAGCUGGAGAAGGGCGGAGAAUGACGUUCGUCUGCUGUUGCUAGAGCUCUGCGGUAUCGCUCUCUGCCAUCCCGCCUCGCCUCCAGCGCUUUUGAAUGCCGCCAUUGGCAUCCAGCUGUAUGGCGACUUUUUCACGGACCGAUACGAACGUCAAGCGCUGCGAGGGGUAGUAGAAAAGUAUCGAGAUGCGCGAGCCUGGCCGGUCCAGAAGCUGUUGGAGAUGUUUAAGGAGUAA